CGUUACGUAACACGUCACGCACGCCGUGCGCGUUGAACGUGGCGGCGCGAAGGUGUAAAAAUCGGAGUUUAUGCGAUCUAUGUUCGGUGUUUUUCAAUGUCUGCAUAUCAAACGAGAACGACACUUUCAACUGAUAGUUGCUUACAUUAACGGUCGAUGCUUGUCGCGUUAUAUAUCUGCUCUUAUUUACUGAACAGACAUGACAGCCACGGCUUGUAGUAAAUGGAAGGGCUUGUUCACCGUUGGAGAGGAGUUUGAUGAUGAGGAUUUGCUUGAAGCUGAUUGGACGCGUCCAUCAGAGCAUGCAUCUUCUGUAGCACCCUCAUCUGAAUCCUCGCUUGUACAGCAGAGCUCUGUUAGCUGGUCAUCAGGCCCUGGGAAAAAUACCUCUGAAUCUGGUUCUGUUCAGACUCCUCGUACCCCAGCAUGUGGCACUAUCAGUGCCCUACCAGAUCUCUCUAUGCCUUGCCAUCAGUCAAUCUCUGCCUCCAUUUCUUCUCUCAGAGCGCCGGUGUCAUCCCUGCAACCUUUCUCUAACCCAAUAAACCCUCCACCCCCAGCAUCUCUUAGAGUCCCGCAGAGAGACCUCCCUCCUCAGGAUGACUUUGACGACUGGGAUGUGGAUCUGGAGGAACUGGAUAGCAUUCCUCAGAUGGUUUCUGAGCCACAAAAUAAUCCAGCUGCACCCCUGGACAACAUUUCACCUGCUAAACGCAUGAGGCCGUCAGCACCACAAGUGUCUUCUCAUGGGAGCUUCAGCGCUACCUCCUCAGUGUCAAUUACACGGCCCUUAGUCAACACCUCAUUCGUGUCCACCAUCCAAGGCCCCAUGUAUCCAUCUACUCCUUUGCGGAAUGCAGAUCACAUGCAUGGUCCCGCUACACCAGCCUCGCGAUUCCCCAGAGCUGUGACUCCCAGGCCUCCAUUAGUGUCGCCUCAGUGCCAGAGGGGCGCUUCGACACCGAGGACCCCCCUGCAGCCCCGAGGGUCUCUUUUCCACUCUGUGUCUUCUACUACUGAGUCCUCUUCCACAUUUACGCCUCGUGCUCUCAACACGCCUGUCCUGACCAAUCACCUGGUCCAGCUGGUGUCUGCAGCCAAUAAGACACCUCAGAGACCACAGAGCCGCAUGAUGCCAGCCAAAGCACGUCGUUUUCCUGGCCCGGCAGGAGCACUACCACUGCAGGCAAGUGGACAGAGUCUUGAUGACAUUGUUGUGGCAGUUCCUCAGACGCCUGCACAUGGAGCUGUUGCUCGGCUAAGAAGUGAUCAGGUUUCCAGCUCUCAGAUGAGUGAGGAAGAGGAGUUCAGCAGGGGUCCGUGGGCAGUGAUGAAGACUGAGAUGGGAUUGGACGAGAAGAACCCUUCUUGCUUUCUGCACACUUACAGUGUUGUCAUGGUACUCCGCAAGGCUGCUCUCAGGCAGCUAGCUAAGAAUAAGGUCCCUAAUAUGGCUGUCGUCUUGAAGAGUAUCACACACACACAUGCAGAUGCGAAGGCCGUCUUCAGAGAUCCCACAGGUGAGAUGCAGGGCACGGUUCAUCGUCGCCUGGUAGAGGAAAGACUGGGAGAGCUCAAGACAGGAGCUGUGUUACUACUCAAACAAGUGGGUGUGUUUUCACCAUCACACCGAAAUCACUACCUAAACGUCACACCCAAUAACCUUCUCAGGAUAUACCCACCUGAUGGGGUCUUCCACAACUCCCAGCCAUCUCACUCUCCACUGGAGCUUACAUUGCGUAGUGAAUCCACAAGGUCUGCAGGGGGCCCGGUGUCUCUGAUGGAGCUCCACUUUGAUGACGAAGACGACAGUGAAAAUGUGUUCCUCAGUGAAAUUCGGCCUCCUGAUGGUUUAGAUGCUGCAGCUGUCUCUAAUGAGCUCUGUCAAGCACCUACAGUGUCCGGACCAACAGGAGACACAGCAUGGGACACAGAUGACCUUGAUGAGCUGCUCGGGGAGUUACCUGUGGAUGCAUAUGACGGAUUACAUUAAUCACAAGGCCACUUUAAAUACAAAGUAUAGUUGUAGAGCCUGUCUCAUAUUAAUACAUAUUAUCACCAUACACACUAAUGAACAAGCAACACCUGCUACCCAGAAUACUUUUUAGUUUUUGUGUAAACCUUUGUAAAUAUGUACGUGAAUCACUUGUCUCAUGCAUAGAUUGAAAGAAUAAAUACCCGAUGAGACCC